UCGCCUUCUUCCACUCUCCGAGUCUGGGCCACCAUGUCUGACAGAGGAGCCUUCGACACCAACGUGCUGACCCUCACCAGGUUUGUCCUGCAGGAGGGGCGCAAGGCCCAUGGGACCGGGGAGCUGACCAACCUGCUCAACUCCAUCUGCACGGCGGUCAAGGCCAUCUCCACCGCCGUCAGAAAGGCCGGCAUCGCCAACCUCUACGGCAUCGCCGGGAGCACCAACGUGACCGGGGACCAGGUGAAGAAGCUGGACGUGCUCUCCAACGACCUGGUCAUCAACAUGAUCAAGUCGUCCUUCUCCUCCUGCGUGCUGGUGUCAGAGGAGGACGAGAAGGCCAUCGUGGUGGAGCCGGACAUGAGCGGAAAGUACAUCGUCUGCUUCGACCCCCUGGACGGCUCCUCCAACAUCGACUGCCUGGUUUCCAUCGGAACCAUCUUUGCUGUGUACCAGAAGACCACAGACGGUGAGCCGUGCGAAAAUGAUUCCCUUCAACCUGGAAGAAACAUUGUUGCCGCUGGUUACGCUCUGUAUGGCAGCGCCACCAUGAUGGUCCUGUCGACUGGUCAAGGCGUCAACUGCUUCAUGCUGGACCCGGCGAUCGGCGAGUUCAUCCUGGUGGACAGAGACGUGAAGAUCAAGAAGAAGGGAAAGAUCUACAGCCUGAACGAAGGAUACGCACAACAUUUCUAUCCAGAUGUGACUGAGUAUCUUCAGAAGAAGAAGUACCCUGAGGAUGGUUCCGCUCCAUACGGAAGUCGCUACGUUGGGUCCAUGGUGGCUGACGUCCACCGGACUUUGGUCUAUGGAGGAAUCUUUUUGUACCCCGCAAACGUCAAGAGUCCGAAGGGGAAGCUGAGACUCCUGUACGAGUGCAACCCCAUGGCCUACAUCAUGGAGCAGGCCGGCGGGCUGGCCACCACAGGAGCAAUGAACGUUCUGGACAUCCAGCCCACAAGCAUCCACCAGAGGGUCCCGGUGGUCCUGGGCUCCCCUGACGAUGUGCAGGAGUAUAUUUCCAUCUACAAGAAACACAACAAAUGAGCAGGUCUCCUGGUUUGAACCUAAACAAGGAGCAGCAAACAAGUUCACAGGAUUUAACCCAUUACCUCAUCUGGUCUGCCUCUAAACACAUAAGUUCUGCACACGAUGUUUUUUAAAUAAAGUUGGGGAAAAGUC